UUUUCUCAGAAGACAGCUGCGUUUGUGUUCUAGUAAUACCUUUCGGCAGUUGUAUUUUAGGGCAUCCAAAAUGUCGAAUCCAAACAGCUCACAAGAAGCCUUGAAACCCUUUUACGAAAGAGCUUCUGAAGCAGAGGAUCGGUUGGCAAGACUUGAAGCUGUCCUUGCUAGUGAGAAAGAUGCUGAAAAUGAGGAACUAUUGAAGAUGGUUAGUGCGCUCCAAUCAAAGUUAGAAGAGGCAAAAGCUGAGCAAAAUUUAGAAAGAGAAAAGGCUCAGAAGCUUGCUGCAGAAAAUGGAAAACUCCAAUAUCGGAUAACCCAUCUUGUCCGGGCAUUGGAGGAAGCUGAUAGUGAUUGCAAAUUGGAAGAAUUGGAAGGUCAUUCUUGAAGCAACCACACCUUCUUGAAGCUGGACGACUUAAUUUCACUGAUAACUUGGGCUUACUCUAUUGCAAAUUUCUGUAGUAUCAAGUGUUUAACAUAUCCUUCUGUCUUGGUAGAACUGUGGAAGUGGUUUAUUAUCUGCUAAGUGUUGCCCUCCUUGCUAUAUAAUGAAGGCAAUAUAAGUAUACAGCUAAACUGAAACAGCAUUUUGGCUUGGGAUUCGUGGAAAUGAAAUUAUCCGUUUUACACUUUGAAUUACUCAAUAUGGAUUUUGUUUCUAGCUCGAAGGUUUUCUUGAACUAGAAGGUGACAUACUUUGGGUGGUAUAUAUCGAAUGAGUUCUAUUGGCUUUAACUGAA